GGCUUUUUACUAUUUAAGCGCUUGUUCGCUAGCCAAGUGAACUCUUGCCUUGCUGACGGUCAUCAACAUGAUGCAUCCGAAUUUCAAUUGUUUCUUCUCGAUGCUCUUCAUGAAGACACCAAUCAGGUGACGAAGCGAAUAUCGUUCGAGCAAAAUUACAAGGGUGGAUCACAAAUAAUGAAUGACGCUAAGGACUAUGAGAAGAAAAGUCGUUUGUUCUCAUGUUCACCGGUGAACAAGAUUUUCAAUCUGCAAACUGUUUCUGAACUCUCCUGCACUGCGUGUGGCGAACAGUCUGCAACAUUCGAAGAGUGUAGCUUGAUAACUGUUGAGUUGCCGGAGCACGCGUCUCGUACGAGUUUGCACCAUUGCCUCAGCAGCCAUUUCUCGCAAACGACCUUGGAUGGUGAUUGUCGCUGGAACUGCCCUAAGUGUCGAGCUCCGAAACCAGCUUCCCGCUUAACCAAGCUUUGGUCUCUUCCGCCUGUUGUGGUGGUUCAUCUUAAGCGCUUUUCCAUGGAAAAUGGAGACUAUGCUAAGAAUACUAUGCCUGUUGAAUUUGAUCCUGGUCGACUUGAUCUUUCUGAAUAUUUGCACGAGUACUCACCUGAAUCAGCAGAGCCAUAUCGGCUGUAUGCAGUCACGGUUGGUCUCGUUCAUUUAGCUUCUUCUCUUUCCAUAACCCACGGAAUGUAA